GAGCUUGUCUCUCCAAAAAAAUCGAUUAUGCAUUCUUUCUGAGACUGCACGUGGAGUUACAUUUAGAAGCCAGCGAAUGCUGGUAAAUGGGCAGAGAGUAAAGGUCAAAGCGAUCCUAGUGAGAAGAGGCAUUCGAAGAAAUCCUGUUCUUCCCAAAAACUCAGGCGCAACCUUUCUUGGUGUGUCUCUUACUCCCGACUUGGAGGGAAUUGGAUUCCAAUCCCCAUUAUUUUCAGCCGGUGGAGCCACAUUAAUGCGCUGGCCAGAAAUGACGCAGAUCGUCAUCCAGCACACCGAAGAUUUUCCAAACCGGAGAAAAGUAGAUGCAAAACUAGAUACAACUACUGUUCUGCAGAAAUAGAUCAUCUGCUUCUUUUGGUGACUGGGGCCGCGAAAUGCCAAAGCGCAAACCUCUUUUCGUCACGUUGAUAAGAAACUUCAUGGAGAGCCUAAGUAGCCUCUAGAAUAGAUGAAAAGCAUUUUUAUUUUUCUGCGGACGAGCGUUUGGCCUCUGUUUUACUUCGUAAUUAUGGAACAAGGAGGUUCCUGCUUUGAGUCAGAACUUGAUUUUUGUCCUGAAUGUGGUACUGUCCUGCCCCUGCCAGGUAUCCAGGAUAAGGUGAUAUGUCCCUGUUGCUCUUUCAGCAUUGAUGUGCAAGAUUUUGAAAAGAGAGUCAUCCAUACAUCUGUCACAUUCAACAAAAUAGAUUCCUCUUCUUUGACUGCAGAAGAAGGAAAAGAAGUUAAGGGUCCACUGAUUGACAGAAAAUGUCCUCGUUGUGGGCAUGAGGGCAUGGCUUACCAUACUCGACAGAUGAGAUCUGCAGAUGAAGGGCAGACAGUUUUCUACACCUGCAUCCAAUGUUCCAGGAGAAAGAAGAUUCUUAAUCACCUUUGCCAAAAUUUGUGGAAGACAGUACUUAAAAUUCCAAGUGCCAGAGAAUUAUUUUUGGAUGUUUAUGAAGAGAUGAGAACAUUCUUAGGUGCUUUAGAAGCAUCCUGUUUAAAUUGGAUGAUUGGCAGCUGCAAUCAUCCAAUUGCACAGUUCAAAUGAAAAUGGAAAGAGCAAAAACAGGACCUGACAAAUGGCCUUGCAGAACUUCAAAAUUCCUUUUCCUCAACUGUUUCGGUCAGUGAAAGAACAGUGAUCAAAACAUGUGCUGAGUUGCAAGUUUCUCUUUAUUGCUGCUUUUAUGUGUAUUUAUUUCCCUAUAAAUUCAUGUUUUUAUUGAAUUUUACUGGUUCCUCCGGCUACCAUAAGCUUAUGAGUUUUACACAGAACUAGGGACAAGAGAUCUUCCAUUCUCCUUUGAAUAUGUUAUGGUUUUAUUAAUGCAGGUCUGAAUUCUGUUUCAAAAAAAAAAAAGAUGAUUCUGUGUGGGUGGUUGCUUAGCAAUGAAAUUGUAUGAACUCAUAAAUCUACAUUGUACAAAAUGAUCUAAUUCUUCUGCUUUGUGGUUCUUUGGGAAAUAGAUGCUAGACUGCAAUAGCAACUAAGUGAGCACGAUAGGAAUAAUUUGUAGUCUUUCUUGGGUUCCAUUUAGCACCUGCCCCCAGACAUGAAGAAACUGCAAAUUUUCUGAUCUUUAUUAAUGUGGACCUCAAAGCCACCUCCUC